UUUCUCUGUAGUUCAGUUUUAUUCUCUCCAUUUUAGGGGAACUUCACUGCAAUAGUGCAGUUGACGCCAUAUCUGCUACUUUUAUUUUAUCGAUAAAUUGCGUAGAUUCACAGUUUUAUAUGACGUCUUCAUUUUGUUUGAUCGAACAUUUAGGACGUGGAAAUCCAGCUCACUAUCAGGAAGAGUCACUUGUGUCAUCUAGUCCGACGAUAAUAGGCUUACAAAGGUUUAUGCAUUGCCGAAAGCAGUGGGACAUCAAUUGGCAAGCAGUAAGGGUGCUUUGUAACCAUCAAAAAUUACGGCCCUUCAGAUCGUGACUUUUCGUCUCCUCAGCCUCAUCUCCCGUCAAUCUUGUUUCCAACAGCAGGCAGGGAACGUGGCAGGCCAGUUUCUUGCAAUUCCUUCUUCACCCAUAUCUACAGCAGCUCUUUGAUCCCUCCACUUAAUUUUUCUCUUAAUCAUGAGUAAUAUCAAUGUCAACCGUAGUCUUUCAGACCAAUUUUACCGCUAUAAGAUGCCAAAGCUUCUUGCCAAGGUUGAAGGAAAGGGCAAUGGCAUCAAAACUGUAGUGGUAAAUAUGGUUGAAAUAGCUAAAGCUUUGAACAGACCUCCAACUUAUCCUACAAAAUACUUUGGAUGUGAACUUGGAGCACAGACUCAGUUUGACUUAAAAAAUGAGCGUUAUAUCGUAAACGGCUCUCAUGAAGCUGCUAAGCUUCAAGAUCUUUUAGAUGGUUUCAUUAAGCGUUUUGUUUUGUGUCCUUCUUGUGACAAUCCUGAAACCGUUCUGACUGUUCUUGCAAAGAAAGGUGUAAUUAACACCAAGUGCAUUGCUUGUGGCUAUAGUGGACAACUGGAUUCAACUCAUAAGUUAACAACUUUCAUCCUCAAGAAUCCACCUGGAAUGGAUCCAACUAAAACUGGUUCAUCUACUAAGAAGAGUAAACGGAAAACAAAGGAUGAUAAAACUCCUAAAAAACAUCAAAAUGGUGAUGAUAGUGGAUCUCAUAGCCCUAAUCAUGAUUCAGAUCUUGAGAAUGGGUCUCCUGAAAAGGAUGAUGAUGAUGAUUGGUGUGAUGAUACGGAUGCUGAAGCUGUAGCUAGACGCAUGGAGAGUCUUUCAUCCGGAGCCAAAGGAUUAAUGCUCAACGAUGACUUGGAAAAAUCCCCUCAAGAAAGACUUGAUUUAUUCUAUGAAUUUGUUAAGAAACACAAAGAAACUGGAACCAUUGAAAACCUGCAAAAAGAAUUGGUUGGUGAGGCUGAGAGACUUGACAUUAAAGACAAGGCUGUACUGGUCUUAUGUGAAUUGUUACUUGGGGAGCACAUACUUCAAGAAGUUAAGACUCAUAGGCUCCUGUUUCUAAGAUUUACUCAUGGAAACCACAAGGCCCAGAAAUAUUUGCUUGGUGGCUUGGAGCAAGUAAUAAAUUUGCACAAAGAUUCUUUGAUGAACAAAGUUCCGCACAUCCUGAAAUUAUUUUAUGACACUGAUAUUUUGGAGGAAGAAGUAUUAAUUGAUUGGUCACAAAAGGUAUCUAAAAAGUAUGUAAACAAAGAUGUAGCACAAGAAAUUCACGAGAAAGCCAAACCUUUCAUCAAAUGGCUUCAAGAAGCAGAGGAAGAGGAAUCUAGUGGUGAUGAAGAUGAUGAUGAUGAAGAAGCAGUGGAAGUUGUGUAUUCUGAUCGUCACAUCAGUACAUCCAUCAGUGUUGAGAAAGAAAUGCCAAAACCUGCUAAGAAGGAAACCCCUGCUGGUGAAGAAGACGAUGACUUGGAUAUAGAUGCCAUAUAAAUAAUGCUAUUACAUGUUUAGCACAUACUUUGAUAUUUGUGAUAUUCUUUUUUUUUCUUUUGAACUGUAUCAUAUUGUAACUUCUGCAUUCAAAAAAAUAUGCUUUUCAAGAUUCAGUGUUUUGUGUCUUGUAGUUUUCUGGAACUUUAAAUGUUUUGAUUUUCUCUUGAAGGAAAUCAUUUUUGGAAUUAGAGCAUUUAAAUGUGCUCAAGUUCUUUGUUUUAGAAAGAAAUAGUCAUUUUUCAUUGUAUUUUGUAAUGGUGUAAAAAGGAGCUUAAAAUUAAAUCUGCAAUGAUA